AUGAUGCUCUUAAUUUUUGUUGUCGCAAUUACCGUUGAAGACGACUACAGAAUAUUCUCCACACGAGCACUUCAAAUCACAGCCGCUCCAGAAUAUGAACUCAUCGAUUCGCUUCCGAACCUAGUCGAACCGAUGCGAUCAAAGCAAUAUUCAGGAUAUCUAAGCAUCUCAUCAGUGAAACAACUUUUUUACUGGUACAUCGAAUCUGAGAAUAAUCCGGAAAACGAUCCUGUAAUUUUAUGGCUGAACGGUGGACCAGGAUGUUCUUCUUUGGAGGGAUUAUUCGUGGAAAUGGGCCCAUUCAGAGUGAAUAACUACGGUGAAAGUGUCACCAGAAAUCCGUGGACGUGGAAUCGUUACGCGAACAUCAUUUAUUUGGAUGCACCGGCCGGUGUCGGCUUCUCCCUUCGUCUUGACGGACUAUGGAAUUACACGGAUACCGAAGUAGCAAACGAUAACCUUCUAGCGCUGAAAACAUGGUUUCAGAAGUUUCCCGAACGCAAACACAAUGAUCUCUACGUAGCUGGUGAAUCUUAUGCUGGAACAUACGUUCCAAUGCUUUCCGCUUUACUAAUUCAUGAGGAUGACUUUUAUAAUUUCAAAGGUAUGUUGAUAGGUAAUGGAUGUGUUGAUGAUGUUUUGAAUCAGAACUCAUUGGUAGAGUACAACUACAAUCAUGGAUUUAUAGACGAAAGUUUCUACCGCUCUGCAGUCAAAAAAUGCUGCAAUAAUGACCCGGACAAUUGCGAUUUUUAUUCGAUGUCUAGGAAUGAGUCUGAAUAUUGUUUUAACGAGAGUACUUAUCUGACCUCGGCUAACUUCUUCACUGGACUUGAUCCUUACUUCCUCUAUUACUCGUGCUACUUAAAUCCUGAAGAUGCUCCCAUUCCUACGCAAGUAUCAACAACAAUAUUACGAACACAUUUGAGGAGGAUGAAAAACAUUGCAAAGGUAUUUCGAGAUUUUGAGGCACAACCUGCUUGUGCUCAUUAUAAUGACUCAACGGUCUAUCUUCAACGUCAGGAUGUUCGGUAUGCUCUGCAUAUUUUAGCCCCAGCUCCACCAUAUGAAAGUUGCAACGAGCAAAUUGCGGAUCAGUAUGAUUUCGGAGAUAAACACCUUGUAGAUCAACAAGAAAAUGUUAGGAAUGUCGUAAAUGCGAACAAAACUGCAUUACUUUUCUAUGGAGAUACGGAUACACUAUGUAACGCUGUUCAUGGAUCUCAAUUUGCCUCAAAAUUAGGACUUCAAGAAAUUGCACCGCUUCGACCGUAUCUGGAUAAUGAACAACUCCCUCAAACUAUAGGACUUCUGACUCAAUACGAAGGUUUGGAUUUCCUCACAAUCCGUGGAGCUGGACAUUUUCCAGCUUCCAGUAAUGAGAAACCAAAGGAAACGCUACAAGUGUUCGUUAACUUCCUGAAGAAGAUCCCUUACGACACACCUAUAAGCCAUGAUAUCCCAUACGUACCUCCAACAGGCACAUUAACCCCUCCAGCACCAAUACCAGCAAAUUGGGACGCUGACCCAUUCCUAAUAAAAAGACUACCGAAUCUAAAUGAGCCAAUGUAUUCGAAACAAUACACCGGGUACCUGAGCGUCAGCAAUACAAAAAAGUUGUUCUAUUGGUAUAUCGAGUCCGAAAAUAAUCCUACCGAAGAUCCAGUAGUUUUAUGGCUUAAUGGAGGCCCUGGAUGUUCGUCAUUGGAAGGACUUUUCGUUGAAAUGGGACCAUUUAGAGCAAAAAAUUUUGGUGCUAACAUUGAACGAAAUAAAUGGACAUGGAACAGGUUUGCUAAUAUAAUUUAUAUGGAUGCUCCGGCAGGAGUUGGAUUUUCCGUUGAUUUAAACGGUACUCAUUCCUUCACCGAUGAUGAAGUAGCCGAUGAUAAUCAUAUAGCUAUUAGGGAAUGGUUUAAGAAAUUCCCGGAUCGUCGCAUGAACGACUUUUAUGUGGCUGGAGAAUCCUAUGGUGGCACAUACGUUCCAAUGUUAUCCGCUCGACUUGUUGAUGAUGCUAAGAAUUUCCCUCAGUUUAAGGGUAUGCUUAUUGGUAAUGGUUGUGUGGAUGAUCGACUUCAAUAUAAUUCACUAGUUGGUUACAAUUACGAUCAUUCUUUCAUAGAUGAAAACCAAUAUCGUUUCACCGUCGAUUUAUGUUGCAAUGACAAUUCAACCUACGAAUGCGACUUUUAUAAAAUGUCACUGGACACGAGUGAAAAUAUCUGCCAAAACGAGUCACUUGCACUUAACACAGCCAACCUGGAAACCGGUCUUGAUCCUUUCUUCCUGUACUAUACAUGCCGACUUGAUGAGCCUGAUCCAGUGAUCAGCAUGAGUUCAAUUGUGCUUAAGACACAUUUUAAGAAGAUUGGAUAUGAACAGGCCUUACCAUCCUGUUCACACUACAACGAUUCUACCGUAUAUCUUCAAAGAAGCGAUGUUCGACGAGCGCUAAAUAUUCCUGAUAUAGUUCCAGAAUAUGAGAGUUGCAAUGAUGAACUUGCGAAUCUUUACGAUCUCAAUGAAACACACUAUUUCUCACAAAGUGGAAACUUUAAAAAAGUAAUUAAAGCUGCUAAGAGGGUGGCUCUAUUCUACGGAGAUGUGGAUUCCAUAUGUAAUGCAAUCCACGGAGCACAAUUUGUCUAUGACCUAGGCCUGAAGUUGGCAAUCCCGCUAUCUCCUUAUCUAGACCAGGAACAGAAACCACCAACUAUUGGUUUCGUCACUAAAUAUGAAGGUCUCGACUUCCUUACUGUACGAGGAGCUGGUCAUUUUGUAUCGUCAUCGAAUGAAAAACCAAAAGAAGCACUUCAACUGUUUCUAAACUUCUUACGGAAGAUGGACUACGGUACUCCUAUCGACUACAAUCCUCCAACAACCUCAUCUCCCUCGAAAUCAACAUCUUCGACGUCACCAUCUACCUCGAGAAAAUAUUCUACCCCUACUACUACUGAAGGCGUUACUGAAGUCGUUUCUCCAAGUGAGAAUUCUUCAUCAAUGUUCUCUGAAAUUUUGAUGCUUAUUGUAGGCUUUUUGAUAUGUACAACCAGUUGA